UCCUUGAUGCUUUGUGAGGAAACCAGUUGAACGGGUUAACUGAAGUUUUAACACUUAAGGAGCUCUUCAAGUGACGGAACAGCACCUUAAUGCUACGCUGUCUUUAGGACCACACUGUGGGCUGUUAAGGUGCCUGAUGUGGUCAGGGGUCAUCAAAGGGCAGCUGUCCUCUAUAAAAGGUCUGGCUGAAGCUCCACCUGGACACAUUUCAGCCUGAGAGUAGCUGGAGGAAGGAAGGUAGCAGAUCUGCGUGUUUCAGCUAAAAUGGAAGCCAGAGUUCUGAUGGUUUUCUGCACACUCGUCUGCUGUUUUGGCGCCGUCUCCUCAGUGUGGACCCACAGAUAUCGCUCACACCUUGAGAACGAUUUGGUACGCGGAAACCUGUCGACCGGUCAUCACGGCAGAUACCCUCUGUACAUGAUGCAGCUGUACCGAUCCUUCAGGACAGCUGAUUUUAGCUCCUCUCCAGGGUUCAGCACCAUCACAACGCAGAGUGAGGACCCAUCUGUGUACACUUCUGAUUCUGUUCUGAGUCUGAUGGCCAAAGGUUGCCACCAAGUGGGCGACAGAUGGACAGUCACCUUCGACAUGUCCUCCAUCUCCACAAGUGAACUUGUCCUGCUGGCGGAGCUUCAGAUCAGACUUCCAGCUUUCUCUGCCUCCAAGCGUGCCACGGUCGAUUUCUAUCACUCGCAGAAGCAGAGCUGUGGCCCAGGCAGCGCAUCGUGCCAGGAGGCGGCUGUUUUUCUGGGAAGUUUUAGAGCAACACCAAGCAGCACAAAGUCUUCCUGGAAGAUGUUUAACGUGACUGCUCUUCUGAAACACUGGCUUGACCGGGCAGGUGUGGUUUUAACCCAAGAGGCCUCAGGAGAACCAGAGACAGAAGAGGAAAGCGGAUCUGGGGAUGAAGGCAACAAGAGUGACGAGUUAUCUUUGCACUUGGUAACAAGGCAAAGAAAAGUCAAGCAUCCAACCACAAACCAGGUCAUGAUGGUCAUCUUCUCCAAACAGGACCAACUCCUAGAAGGCCGCGCCGCAUACAGUCUAAUUUACACUGUAAAAAACUCCAAGUACGUGACAAAAAACACAGCCAGAGGUGAUAACCAAAGCCGUCGCCGCAAGAGGAACAGGAUAGAGGGGAUCAGAGUUGUUGAUGGAGCGGCACCUACUGUGGCACCAGCUUCAGCAGACAGGUCCCAAAGGCCUCUGUGUCGGAGGGUGGACAUGUGGGUGGACUUUGACCACAUUGGCUGGGAUGAAUGGAUUGUGCACCCCAAGCGCUUCAACGCCUAUCGCUGUGAGGGAGAGUGUCCCACACCUCUGGAUGUGUCCUUUAACCCCACCAACCAUGCGUACAUGCAGAGCCUGUUUCAGCUCCACCACCCAGAGAGAGGAUCCUGUCCUUCCUGUGUGCCGACGCGCCUCAGCCCGCUCUCCAUGUUGUACCACGAAAACGAUGAUCUGAUGCUGCGGCAUCACGAGGAGAUGAUUGUGGAAGAGUGUGGCUGCCAUUAAAACACAUCUGAGUUAUUAAACAAAACAUGUAAUCUGUCUUCCAAAAAACAAUAGUAAAUAAACUAAAAAUUCCCUGACUGAAUGAAUUCAAACACUUAUCUAGUGUGAUAGCAUUUUUAACAUUGCCAUUAUGUGAAUGUUAGAUAUUUAGGUUGUUUAUGUGUUAUAGUGUAUAUUUUGUAUAUAUCAAAAAAUGUAAUAAAUCUUAUUUUCAAAUAACUGAUGUGCGUUUUUUAAUAUAAUAGCUCAUGAGCAGCUUUGAAUGCGGGAAACAACUGAUUUUAGCAAGAUUUUCAAAAUAAAAUCAGAACUUUAGAUAGCCGCCUUUUCGCAUCAUGAUGUUUGGAAUAAUAAAAUCCUGCCCUCGUUGGUUCAUGUCAGACCAUCUAACAGUCUGGUGUUAGAUGUUGUCACCCCUCCAAUCCACAUCUCGGGCUAACUGUAACACACACACACUCCAUCACUGUGUCAUUAGCUACCCUCUUUGCCUUCUUUUGUUGAUUGAGAUCAACAGGGUUAAAACAACAAAACAUCACUGGGUCAAUGGAGUAGAAAAAGGCAGCAGUCCUGGUUUAGUGUCAGGAAGCAGAAGUGACACAAACAAACAAGAGUGAUGGGGGAUGCAGAGACUCAGAACCGGGAGGGUGAAGCUUCUGUGGAGGAAGAAUAAAACGAACUGAAACUGUAAUACACAAAACCAGAUAGAAAUCUCACUUUGGAGACUUUUUUUCUCCUAAAAAUGAAACCAGUCUGUAAAAAUGAGACAUUCA